UUAAAAAAAGAAAAAAAGAGAGAAGAACAGAGCAGUUUGACUUAUUGAGGUGGCUGAUCGUUGUGUUUGGAAACUCGUUUUGGAAAUGGCCGCUGAGACUGAGAAUGAGAAGGAAGGAGUGUGUGUAACAGGUGGAGGAGGGUUCCUUGCUUCAUGGGUCAUAAAGAUACUUCUCUCCAAGAACUAUUUUGUACACGCAACCGUUAGACAACCCGGAGAUGUGAAGUAUGCUCAUUUAAUCGAAUUUGAGAACGCAUCCACAAACUUGAAACUAUUCAAGGCAGACCUACUAGAUUACGAAUCCAUAUGCUCUGCAGUUGAGGGGUGCAUUGGAGUAUUCCAUGUUGCUAGUCCAGUUCCUUCAACCAAAGUCUCAAACCCUGAGGUGGAAGUGAUUGAGCCUGCUGUGAAGGGCACACUUAAUGUACUGAAAGCAUGUGUUGAAACAAAAGUUAAGCGGGUUGUUGUUGUGUCCUCUGUUUAUGCUUUGAUGUUGAAUUCAAGCUGGCCCAAGGAUCAAGUGAUGGAUGAAACUUGUUGGUCUGACAAGGAAUAUUGUAGAACUACAAAGAACUGGUAUGGUCUUUCUAAAACGGAAGCAGAAAGUGAGGCCUUAGAAUUUGCAAAAAGAAGUGGCCUUGAUGUUGUAACUGUAUGUCCAUCCUUUAUUUGGGGCCCAAUUCUGCAGCCUACAGUGAAUGCAACUAGCUUGGUUCUCAUUAAACUUCUGAAAGAUGGGUUUGAAUCACUGGAAAACAAGCUUCGAUUGAUUAUAGAUGUACGUGAUGUAGCUGAGGCACUACUCCUUGCCUAUGAGAAUCCUGAGGCUGAAGGAAGAUACAUAUGCACGGCACACACAAUCAAGGCAAAGGAUAUUGUUGACUUGCUAAGGAGUAUAUACCCCAAUUAUAACUAUCCUAAGAACUAUACUGAAGUUCCAGAAGAAGGAAGGCUGAGUUCCGAGAAAUUGCAAAAAUUGGGUUGGAGUUUCCGGCCAUUGAAGGAAACUCUAACUGAUUCUGUUGAAAGCUAUCGCAAAGCUGGAAUAGUUGAUUGAAAAGCAAACCACAGUUUGGUUUAAUGCAAUGAUUGCAAAGCAAACCUAAGUUUGGAUAAUAAGUGAUUAUCGGAAUUAAUUCUGUUAUACCAAGUUUUAUUCUUAAUCUUAUUAUACUCUCCUAUGUGGUAACCUUUUAAGAUAAUAAGUGAGUUUGAAUCCUAUUUCAUUAUA